GAGGGAGGCGGUGGGGACAGUUUGUCGUGCUCGGAACAUGGCGGGCGUCGGCGAUGCGGCCGCCCCGGGAGAAGGCAGCGGUGGCGGCGGUGCGGACGGCCCAGAGCGGGACGGCCGCGGUGAGGCGGAGCAGCCGGGAGGCGGCGGCGGCGGCGGCCACAGGCCCCCGCCGGCGCCUCAGCACACGGAGACGCUGGGCUUUUAUGAGAGCGACCGGCGGCGGGAGCGGCGCCGCAGCCGCGCAGAGCUUUCAUUGUUGAGGUUCCUCAGUGCUGAACUAACCAGAGGGUACUUCCUUGAACAUAAUGAGGCCAAGUAUACAGAAAGAAGAGAAAGAGUAUACACUUGUAUGCGAAUACCAAGAGAAUUGGAAAAGCUCAUGGUUUUUGGAAUCUUUCUGUGCCUGGAUGCAUUUCUGUAUGUGUUCACCCUGCUUCCUUUAAGAGUUUUCCUGGCACUGUUCAGGCUCUUCACUCUGCCUUGCUAUGGCUUAAGGGACAGACGUUUGCUUCAGCCUGCUCAGGUGUGUGACAUUCUGAAGGGUGUCAUUUUGGUGAUAUGCUAUUUUAUGAUGCACUACGUUGACUACUCCAUGAUGUAUCACCUGAUAAGGGGGCAGUCAGUAAUCAAGCUCUACAUCAUCUACAAUAUGCUCGAGGUAGCAGAUCGUCUGUUUUCAUCAUUUGGACAAGAUAUAUUAGAUGCUCUCUAUUGGACAGCAACGGAACCUAAAGAAAGAAAAAGAGCCCAUAUCGGAGUGAUCCCUCACUUUUUCAUGGCUGUUCUCUAUGUCUUUUUGCAUGCAAUUCUUAUUAUGGUUCAAGCAACAACUCUCAACGUGGCUUUUAAUUCGCACAACAAGUCACUGCUUACCAUCAUGAUGUCUAAUAAUUUUGUUGAAAUUAAAGGAAGUGUUUUCAAGAAGUUUGAAAAGAACAAUCUCUUUCAGAUGUCGAAUAGUGAUAUCAAGGAACGAUUCACGAAUUAUGUGCUUUUGUUAAUAGUGUGUCUAAGAAACAUGGAGCAGUUUUCUUGGAAUCCAGAUCACCUCUGGGUGUUGUUUCCAGAUGUCUGUAUGGUGAUUGCAUCAGAAACUGCUGUGGAUAUUGUAAAACAUGCCUUUAUCACCAAGUUCAAUGACAUUACCGCAGAUGUCUACAGUGAAUAUAGAGCCAGCCUUGCUUUUGACCUUGUUAGCAGUCGACAGAAAAAUGCAUAUACUGAUUACAGUGACUCUGUGGCACGGAGGAUGGGGUUCAUCCCUCUCCCACUGGCUGUUCUACUCAUCAGAGUUGUAACAAGCUCAAUUAAAGUGCAAGGAAUCCUGUCUUAUGCCUGUGUCAUACUCUUCUAUUUGGGGUUGAUAUCCCUGAAAGUACUUAACAGCAUCGUGCUAUUGGGGAAAUCAUGCCAGUAUGUGAAGGAGGCCAAGAUGGAAGAAAAGUUGUUUAAUCCCCCUCCAGCCAGCGCACCAGGGAAACCACCUAAUAAAUCACAGAACAAAUGUAAACCCUCUCAAGAAGAAAGCCUGUCCGCUUCGGUCACGAGCCAGCCUGUUCAUCCAAAGGAAAAUGUCAUCCCAUUACUUGUGGCAAGCAGUUCUGAUCAGUUUCUGACCACUCCAGAUGGCGAUGAGAAGGACAUAACGCAGGAAAGCUCUGAAUUAAAGCACAGAUCCUCAAAGAAAGAUCUGUUAGAGGUAGACAGGUUCACAAUCUGUGGAAACCGAAUCGACUGAACUCUGCGGCCUCUUGUGCCCAAGAUGCAGAGUCCCGGGCCAGGAGAUGCUCCGCUCCCGGGACGGACAGAUGCAAAACAUGGCCCUUAAAUAUUUAUUUAAAAACUUAAAUUAUUAAUGGAAAGCGAAUCUUAAUAUCUUUCUUCCAGUAACGGGGUUUGGCUGCCGCUCAAGCCGCAGAAAAGCAGCGACCUCCAGCCUGGACUCUGGAAACCUGACUGGUUGGAGGAGCCCCUCCUGCUCGGCAGGGAGCAGUUACCCCCGGGCCUCACGGGCGAAACGUCAGACCACUCUGCUUCGUCAGUCCUCACUUCCAGAACAUGGAAUUUUGCCUCAAGGCCUCUUCAGUACAAGGAUAUACCUGGAAAACUGUGAAGCUUUUCCCAUGACAUUACCUUUCCAGUCCCGUACUCUUUUCACAAACAGUUUUCAAACUGUAUUUCAUCUGCCAAAGCAUUAAAAAAAGGUAAUUAAACUUAA